AUGGACUUCAGUCGAGAGGCUCUGCUCGCCGAGCUUGAGCUCAAGGACGAUAUAAUCGAGCAGUUGAGGAAGGAACUGGAGGAAUAUCGGAUGAUGAAUUCGGUGCGGAAGACGGCCGUCUCCUCGGAGCCCGACGUGCAGAUCAAGAGACCGAUCAUUGGCAAAAGUGACGAGUGAGUUGGGAGAUGGACUGAUCAUCUCAAUCUCUUUGUUAACAUAAGACUGAAACCGACAAACUGUUCCUUAGGAUCUCAUCUAUGCACUGUUCGAGACUCAACCCAAACGAAUUUCGGUUUCCGCAAGUUCAUGGCCUUUAUUUUGACCUAGAAAACUGAAAAAACGCGUUCAUAUGUUACGUGCAUUCUCUCAUCAAAACCGCAGAAAUAGACACAAGAUCACAUCACUUAAUUUUUUAAAUUACUCUCUCUUCACAAAAAAAGAACCGAAUAAUCUCGUGAAUCAACACGCACCAACCAGACUCUCCAUCCCAUUCCUCAACAUGUGCUUUGCCCCUUCGGUAUCAUGUCGUUGUGGAUUCACCGAAAUAAUCGCUUCUUCUUUGCUCUUUGCACGAAGGUCACUUUUUUUGUCUUCUCGCGCGCCCAAACGGAUUACUGUCUCCGAGGGGCGGAGCUCGGCGGAAUGAGAGGAACCGAGCCGACCGGCGGGUCCAUUUCACUUUGACACUCGCUUGUGACUCUCAUAUUUCUGCUUAGUGCUCUUUGAGAUGAAGUCGUUGCGCUACCGAAGAGAUUUGUUCCGGAGUAGGACUCAAAGAUAUGUUCCGAGAAGGUUAGUCGGUUAAUUAGCAAAGAAGCGAGUGUUUUGUUGACCGACGGCUUGCAAGUUGCAAUGCAAAAUGGUCUCUUUGUUGACGGAAACGGAAUGUUGGGUAGCAAGAUGCAAAAGAUUUUGCAAAAAAUCUGCAAAGUGGUCUUCAGAAGUCAUAGAAACAUCCUUAAAUAUAGCUUUUCUAACAGGGCUCCUUUAACUUUUGUUUUAAUCAAUAUUGCUACUAGACUUGUCAGAAUUGCCAGUACAGGCUAACUUUCUGCAAUAGUAACUCAUUAAGAACAUGUUUAAAUGAUGAGAAAUGUAAGUGUUAAACUUAGAAUAUCAGUGAACAAACUUCCACGUCCAUCUCAUCAAGACAAUCUGAAACCGUAAUCCUUGCAGAGCCUUCGAAACGAUCGGAAAUGCUUUGUGCCGCAACUCGUUCCUCCGCAACCUGGACUCGGUCCAAACCGAGAAGAUCGCCUCGGCCAUGUACCCGGUGCAAGUAUCCGCCGGAGCCAUUAUUAUCCGUCAAGGGGAGCUCGGCUCGAUUAUGUACGUCAUUCAAGGUAUGCAAAGAUGAUAAAGAAACGGAAAAAGUGGUGCGGUUGCAGAAGGAAAAGUGCAAGUUGUGAAGGAUAACCGAUUCGUUCGCACGAUGGAAGAGGGCGCUCUGUUCGGAGAGCUCGCGAUUCUGCACCAUUGCGAAAGAACUGCGACGGUUCGAGGUUGGUUGUGAAACGGUCCGGGUGGCUAGUUGAAUAGAGAAGUAAUUAGACAACUAUUUCACGAUAUUUUGAAGCAUGAAGCCUUGUGUGCCACUUUUUCUAAGAACUUCUCACGUUUCACGACGAUACUCAAACUCGACAAUUUUCCUUUGAUGACUGUUCACAUGCCCUUUCUAAUCAUCCCAUCAGAUUCCCCUCAUCAGAAACAUUUUGUUUUGACUCGCGAAAACCUGUUAGAAAAGUAAAUAACUGCGCGUUUGGCCAUGUGAAAAAGAUCCAGUUAUCUCAGUCUGCAAAUUCGUGAUCUCUUGCUGAAACGACCAAUAACAAAUCAGACAUCUCGGGACUCACGUGGCUUCCCGGAUGGCUGAGCACUGAAAACUAACUGAUUCGGGUUGUUUUGAUUGAAAAUCAUCCGAGCCCCGGGAUUCGGAAGAAUGACGUGAUCGGAACGAAGAAGAACGUCAUUGACUUCUUUCGGAUCAUGACAAAACAGGGCGAAGAACUUUUUGUUUUGAACUAAUAAAAUGAAACGACGUCAAGUAAUAAAGUUAAAGAUCAAACAAUGUUUGCGUAGGUUACUUGGGAUUGAGCGAGCUGAAACUAACUUGAACACUACUUCCUCAUUGUCCAUUCAAAAAUAACAAAUUUCUCCAAAACAAUGCGGCCAUCGAGAUCAAAUUGUCGCCUUUCCGAUCAUUUUCAGUAAACAGUCGCCUUUCUUGAUUACUGUAGGUCUUCAAAAUGAUCGCUGUUUCGCAAAUAACAUCACGUUCUCAAAGAUUUCCAACAGAGACCAAACACUGAAAACUUCCAUACAUUCCUCCCAUUCUAUCACAGAUUACUGAAACCGUAACCAUUCAUUUUCAGCCAUCGAAGCGUGCCAAUUGUGGGCCAUCGAGCGUAACGUAUUCCACGCAAUAAUGGUCGAAUCGGCUCGCGAAAAGACUCUUUCAUUCAAGCGACACCUCAAAUGGUCCGCCCGUUUCGGAGGCUAUCCGGAGGAGGUUCUGCUGCGAAUCGCCGAAUUCUGCACCGAAAUGAGAUACGAGGCCAGGGAGGAGCUCGUCGUCAAACCGCAGUACGUAUAUCUCGUCUGCAGAGGAUCGGUUAGUCGUCUAUGAAAGUUUUUGGGAGAUUUCUGUUUCAAGCUGUCGGGAAUAUUACAUGGAAGCUUAUUUAUCUGUUUCAAAGUUUCACCAGUAUCAAAACAUAACUGAAAUAGUUCACAGUGUACGGUUUUCGUGCAAAAUGCGUCUUAGACUCAUUGGUUGAUCCCAAAGGCCAUUCAAGAAGGAUGCCUAGUCCUUCUCUUGACUCCAUUCCUUUAAAAACUUCUCGUGACCAAACACUUCACACGAUUUCGUGACCAACUUUUUUCCCAUUUUCAUCACAGCCAAUUAGAUUGCUCUCAAAAAGUUUAGAAAUGAUAGGCAGUUAUAGUCGCAAUUCGUACAGUUUUCAUUGCUCUUUUUUUGGGUUGAGAAAAACGGGAGAGAAGGAGAAGAAGAACAAUAGUUUGAAGUCAUGUACACUGUGAAUCACACGGAUGGAAGAAUGUGAAAGAGAACGAGAGUUGAACACUUCCAGUCUAAAUAUUAAGAAGAACUAACGAGCAGGAUGCAUCAUUUUUGUUAAUCAAAGCUUAGUGGAAUAGAAAACUUUCGAAGGGUUUCUUGGACGCUUCAAAAUGGUUGCGAAACGUCCGCAAGUGGUACGAACAGUAUUAGGACGUUGAUUCUCGUUAAGAAUAUUAUGAAAACGCUCUCCGAGUAUACAUCCCCACCCUGAAACUGAAAAGUUUUUACCCUUUCGAAAGUGAUCUCCGAGUAUUCCUCUCAAAGCCCGUCCCGGAUAACUGAUAACUGAUAACCGCUUUGUUUCUUCUGCUCGUGCCCACAAUCUUCAUUUCCAUCCCCUCCAGUACACUUGUCCUCCGCCGAAAUACAAUCGGUUUGCGAGAGACGCCGCCGUCUCCGUUACGUUUCUUCUCGUUAUCACACAGCACGGACGCCUGGCGCCACAGCCUCAAUCGUCGCAACAAAGUGAACCAGAAGACGACGGAGAACGGAUCGACACGUGAAAUGCACGCGGACCGCACGACGAGGGAUACGGUAGAUCAUUCUUUGGGUGAUCUGAGUGGACGUCACGUGUUUAGAUGGGGACCGGUUGCGAGGAGGAUCCGAUGAUCUCGGGUCCACGAUGGUUGCAAUUGGACGAGUUGUACACUAAUCCGGGAAUGGUGUCAAAAAGCGGGGAAAUGAGGAAGUGAAGAGCUAUUCUAGUCUCUAAAAAUGAAGAAUAAUAUCAAUUACGGUUUCAAGAGGGUCAUUUAGACCACUUUACUGUUUUUAUAUUUAGGUUUGUUCUUACAACAAAAAACUUCAGUUUCACGUGCAGAAUGAGUGCACAUAUUCUUCUUCAACCCGUUAACUGAUAAAGGCAACAUUUUGUCUUAAUCCUAAUUGAUUCCGAAUGUGAUGUUCGAUUCGGUUCAUCAAUUGACCAACCCUAAUCGAAUUCGAAAUCCAAAUUAGUAGUUCCUUCCGAUUGUAGUCUCUCUCUCUCUCUCUCUCUCUCUCUCUCUCUCUCUCUCUCUCUCUCUCUCUCUCUCUCUCUCUUUGUUUCGAUCCGAAUGAUCACCGUUCCUAAUCGAAUCAACGCAGCUGUUCAUCCAACUGACUAUUAUCAAAUCAAUCAAUUUCCUCUCGCUUAGCACCUCUGCCGUCUCUCUCCUCUUUUUCUCCCUCUCCGUCAGCUUCUUUUCCCACUCUUUCUCGCGGUGGCGCGUGCGAACCGAAUGGCUGAUAAAUUGACAAUACUUGCAAAGCGGCGUGUCUCCGUUUCUCGCCGUCACCACGCUAUUUUCACGUUGAACUUGCAGUACCUGGUUCCAGAAGUGAUAGGAGAAAGAGAAAGAGAGAGAGAGAGAGAGAGAGAGAGAGAGAGAGAAUGGAGAGGGUGCUAGAGAAAGAGAGUCACGUGAGUGGCCGAAUUGAUAAGACAAAACAUGUGAAUCGGACCACUGGUUUGUUGAUCGAAAUAAGUGGGAAAGAGCAGAGAACGCAAAAGCUGGACCAAAAGAUGAACAGCCUAUGGUCACGAUGGAAGCUGAAAGAUCUUGAUUGACGGGUCUCGCCACGAACAACUACCGUAGAUACUGUAAUAGAAAAGCACACCAAUACAGUCUAUUCAAAGCGCAGUAUCUCUGCUGCCGGUGGAGAUGUCAAAACUUUGUCAACUGAUAAAUUGUGUAUACAGUUUCAACAAGUCUACAACAUUCUGUAACCUUUCAUUAAUCGCUUCUUUCGAUAAAGUUGAAAUAAACGCGAAAUCAACUUUUUCACCUCCUCCCCCGUCCUCCACGAGUUUUGUGAACCAGGAACUAGGAACCGAUUCGCUUCCCUCUCAUAUGACAUCUUUCUGUUCUUUUAUCACUCGUUUUCCUCCAAAAAGCGCUCGAUGACCUGCCGAAAAGGCAAACUUGUGUACGUGAUUUAAAGAGAGAGGGAGAGAGAGAGAGAGGGCGUCAAAAACGAUGAUAACGAUGAAAUCAUUCCGUCAUUGAUAGACAACGAAUCGAUUGCGAGAAUUGGUUGAUUGGAAGGGUGUCUGAAAGGCUUCGAAGUUUUAGAUCCGAUGGAUACGGUAAACCGCUCUAUGUCCGUAUCCUCCGAAUGUUUGUUUGUUGUCCAGCCCAGAUCCGAAUCAUGUGGUCAGUCAUGUGUCCCUUCCCUCCUCCUUUUAUCUCUUUAACCUUUUUUGCAAGAAAAACCGGAUCCAACAAACAAAGUGACCAACUUUUAUGUUUUCAUCUCUGAACUUGUGAGCGUGACGUCAGUUGGCAAUGAGCACGCUGGUCGUUUGAUCUCUUUUCACUAUACGAUCUGUCAAAACAAUUGGCUCGCCGAGCCGAGCACCAUCUCAUCUGAAGUCCUCUAAUCGAAUCAGUGUGGAACUAAUCGAUUAUCGUCGUUUCAUGGAAAAGCAACACAAUUUCUUCUCCUCCCGCGGCGGUCAAUGAUCGUGAUGACAGCUGGCCGAAACAAGUUCAUUCCGGUCGAAAUGUGAAUGUGACAAAUGAGAACAGACACGCGUGGGUUACGGUAGUUUCAUGGCCACUGAGAACGAUCGAAAUGUUAAGAAAAAGAAGAGGAAGAAGAAGAAGAAGAAGAAUGAUUACGUGACAGACGGGAAGCGAAGAGUCUAGUCUUUUAUUACUGUUUACUGAAAGUGAACGGAGAAGGAGAAGGUGAUGGGUACUUUUUUGAGGAAUGCGAAAACAUGCAAAGGAAGAGGGAAUAAUGACUGGCAAUACUGUUUCAGCAUCCGAUGAUCAAGCUGUGAACUUUGGUUGAGAUAGUAAUAAUGCUAGAGAAACGAUCUUAUCGACUUCUGAAACUGUACAUUGCAUUCUUCAUCCAUUGAACUUAUAAAGAAUGUCCUGAAAGAUUUGGGUGAUAUAGAUUUCUCGUUUUUGAGAGAAAACGCUUCAAAGUCGCUGUUCCAAAAAGUUUACAACAGGCUACCACUGUAUCACUGACCGAAACAUGAGACUAAUUCGAAAGCUAAGACGAGUUCGUGAAACAGUGAAUCCCCGGCACCGUUACUAGGCCCCUUUUCGUUUCAAUUAGUACAAUUCCAAACGAAUCAGUACUUUCCAGUCUCCCUAUCAAUCGUCGCAUAAUUGCAUUGUCCCAACGUCCUCUCGUUUAGUCUCAGCUGUUGUCUUGACCCAAGAUUGGAGACCAGAAAAUCAAAGAUGCAAAUGGGAAAGACGACGUCAUCGAUUUGGGAGGUGUGACAUUGAGAGAAGAAGAGACAUGUUCACACUUUCUCUCUUUGCCGCGUGGCUGAUACGAAACAGUGUGAUAAUGAUAUGGACGCAAAUUGUUAACAGUGUCUAGAUGACGUGGCAAUGUUGAUGUUGACCGGUCAAAUAUGAAUGCUAUUGUACGGCUGCACAACAUGAAUCAUGAGCUGAAAGAACCAAUGAAGGUCUCCCGGUCCCUGGCGUUCAUAUUCGUUACCCAAAAGUGAACUUGAUCAGGAGUGUGUAAUGUUACGAUGACGUGGCACGUUUUUAGUACUAUUUCCCCGAACAGUGUGUGUGUGUGUGUGUGUCAUCCGCCGUUUUACGAUUCCCCAAUCAGUCGGUCGUUCUCUGCGUUAUUGCUUUGUUCUUCAAAAAUUGCCCUAUCAAUCGAUAGAUGAUCACUGAUUUCCUCGAAGAUCUCUGUCGCCCCCGCAUUCAUUCGUUUAGGAAAGAAGGAGGCGAAAAUAAGUUUGAUUUGGGUUUCCGCCACAAACAUUCGACUGACUGAUAACCGGUUCUUGCGUUCUCUUUGUCUUCUUCUUCUUCUUCUUCUUCUACUUCUUCUCCUUCUUCUUCUCUGAUCAUAACCAAAAGGUUAACUGCCGCCACUGUCACACAGCUUAAAAUAGAUCAUAAACGGGAGAAGGGGAAAUGAGGGGCUUGAAAAGAAAUGAGUCAAAAUUACGAUUUGCAGGUGAUAUGCGACGAUCAGGGAGAAGUGAGCAAGAUCACCGCCGGCCAGGACUUUGAACUCCGCUGUGGCAGAAAGUGAGUUUGAAAGGGAAAGUGAUAAGGGCGAUAGGACCGAACUGUGAUGUCUUGUACCUGUUUUGGGCACGUGCUCGAUUGACACACAACUAUGACAACUUAAAGUACACUUUUGCAAGAUCUGCUGCUGGGGGAAAACGCGCUCUGACGCUCUAGCCAACGGAUGGCCGAACUUUUUCGCACCUCGACCACCGCCUGCUCCAAACUGUUCAAUCAAAUGCACUUUGCUCGUCUCCACUUUUUUCCGCGGAAACUAAUAACAACUGACCUCGCUCGGUUGCACUUUUUCUCUCGUUUGGAGCACACGAAAUCGAAUCGUAAAGCCGCUUUUUCUUCUUGAGAGCUCAUUGUUUUCGAGACCGCCGGGUCAGGUUUCCUUCUGGAAUUCUCGCCUAGACACCUCACACGUCCGCAAUUUUAGUCGUAGACACUCUAGUGUCCCCGAAACAUUUGACCCCCUUGCGCCCCAGAGAGACCUUUGUGCUCCGAGAGCACGAGUGCGCUUUCACUUUCACUUUCUGCACAAAGUAUUUCAUGCUAAUCGGCUUUAAAAUCGAUGAUAACACGAGGGGAAAAUGGGUGAAACUAACGCCGUGGUACUCAAAAUAUUUGCGGCGAGACUUUCAUGAGCUCUCGAAGUCUGAAACAAAGAUCAAACGACGAGACGACCUAAAAUCAAAAGUGUGUACGCGCGGAAAGGUGCGGAAGGGCCCGCGGAAAGAUGAAAUGACAUUGUUUGAUCUCGAAAAGAGACACUUUGUCUGCAUCUCUCAUUUGCCUAUUCCAAUCAGCUGACGAAUGAGUCGGAUGGGCCCGAAGUGAAAGAGGCAUGCAUUCUGAGAAGUUGUCACUUUCAUCGGGUGCAGAUGAAGCUCUCUGAACAUUCUCGACACUUUUGCCAAGUUUUUCCAUCAAAAACUGUCGUCUGAAAUUGCAGAAACGCAAUUGUACAGUCCCAUUCUUUCCCUUUCAUCAGUUAUUGUUGUGUCAUUCGUGACUCACUUCUAAACAGUGUGCCCCCUCAAUGCACCCAAUUCUCUCACAAAUGUUGUCAAUCAAUAGCUUCUGCCUCCUCUCCUCUUCCUCUCGCCAUCCGCCCGUACUUUGCUCGUCUCACGUGAACAUCACACCCGUGGUCCCGUUGUUUUUGGGUCGUGUGCAGACAUUGCCCGCAUUGCCAGCAUUUCGAGUGUGUAAAACUUGAAAUCACCCGAAUUUUCGUCGCUUUUCCCCCGGCGAAAAAGUGGGGUGACAGACUGCAAAUGUAGUGUUGAUAAGGUCGAAAAAAGAACGAGACUCUAAGCUUCUGUACUCUUCUUGUCACACGUCAAUGGAGUACUGUAGUCGGCGCAUUAUGCCAGUACGUACUAGGCCCGUUUAAGAGGGUUAAGCGAGUUUCGAACCCGCUUAACAGCGAACUCUCAUGCAAUCCGUCGUAGUUUGGUCAGUGCGGGUUCACGUGCCCUCUCGCCUCUCUGCGCCUCUCUUCUCUGCUCCGCCCCUCGUUCCCACCCCGCCCCUUUUCUGGCCACGCCCACUUUCGCAUCUUCUCUCUCUCUCUCUCUCAGUCGCCGUCGCCGUUUUUUCAGUCCUCAUUCAUCACAGGUCGUCCUAACAAGCCACGAUUACAUCGGGUAUAAAUGGGACGGUCUGGCGAGCGGAAAUUUCACUUUCCACCUCGAACACUGCUUUGGGAGCGGCUCGUCUCAUCGAAUUCUACGUGGCAUUAGUGACGUGCUCCCGUUCUGGCUUUUCCGGAACGAUUACGGUGGUUUGUGAACCAUGAGCCAGCCAGGCAGCCGCACCGGCUGCUUCACAACCAAAUAUUUGCCUUUUUCCAUUCCCCUUCUCACACUCGCCUUCUUCUUCUUCUUCUUCUUCUCCAGCAUGAGCCCAUUUGUGCUCCGCUCCAUUUGCAUGUAGUGCCACGUGUCACCUCAUCCAUUUGCAGAGGUCGUUUCGAACGAUUCUUUGUCCUCGAAGGACCCGCUCACCUCAUCAAAAUGCACGUCGAACAAUUGUGUAAAGCCCUCGACACGACCGAUUUGGACGACGAGAUACGACCCAGAGCCAGGUAAGCUCAAUGAGCCGCCGUUCACGUGCUCCCGACAUGCUCCCAGACUUUGCUCCUUCUCUGCGCUCUCUUGUUUUUGUGCGCUCUUUUCGCGAACAAACAUGUACGAUUCAUCUAAUUGCACGCGCAGAAGGAGAAAAAGAAAAAGCCAGUUUUGCACAACUCCAUCUUACCGUAUCCCAUUUCAGCAACAACCUGGAAGAGGUCGAAGUCGAGUUGGAAGACCUGCAAAGAGUCGCCACGCUCGGAAUGGGCGGCUUCGGACGCGUCGAGCUCGUCCGUUCUUCGGUCCGAACGUACGCGCUCAAAAUCAUGAACAAGGCGCACAUUGUGGAGACGAAGCAGGAGAGCCACGUGGUCUCCGAACGUCGGAUAUUGAUGCAAUGCGACUGCGAUUUCGUCGUCCGACUCUACAAAACGUACCGUGACAGCGAGAAGAUCUACAUGCUGAUGGAGCCGUGUCUCGGCGGAGAGAUCUGGACGAUUCUCCGCAAAAAGGGCCGUUUCGACAACGACCUGACGCGUUUCUACUGUGCCGGAGCCAUGGAGGCCCUCGAGUACCUGCACCGGAAGUCCAUCGUCUACCGGGAUCUCAAGCCCGAGAACAUGCUGUUGGACCGUAACGGCUUCCCGAAACUCGUCGACUUCGGGUUCGCGAAGAAGCUGAAGAACGGCGGACGGACCUGGACCUUCUGCGGAACCGCCGAGUACGUGGCCCCGGAGAUCGUGCUCAACAAGGGACACGAUCUGUCCGUCGACAUCUGGGCUCUCGGCAUCUUCAUGUGCGAGCUCCUUACUGGAUCGUUAGUUUCCAUCUCAACAUUGACUGAUUCCAACUGUUUCUUUCGUUUCCAGGCCUCCGUUCUCGAGUACUGAUCCAAUGGUGACUUACAAUGCGAUUCUGAAGGGACUGGAAAAGUGGGCGUGGCCAAGGUAAGCUUUGUUUGAUUACUGUAUCAUUGAUAGCGGGGACAAUGGCAGUGAUUGAUGCGUACAAUGCGAAUGGAAACGUUUUCAGAUUCGUGACAAAAGAGGCGAUCGAUAUGAUGCUGUCGCUGUGCAAGUACGAGCCGACCGAGCGUCUCGGCUUCGGAGACAUCGGCGAGAUCCGCCACCACAUCUGGUUCGACAACUUCGACUUCGUCGGCUUCCGCGCCCACCGAAUGCGCCCUCCGUUCGUUCCGUCCGUCUCCAGCGAUAUUGACACCUCCAACUUUGACACCUUUCCGGUGUUUGACAACUUUGCGUCCGGAUGUGACGAGUCCGGAUGGGACGUCGAAUUCUAA